GAAGGUUCCACAGCGAUCUGCUCUUCCGGAAGGCGGCUGUCCGCUCCAGACGGCCCAUCACCUCCGGAAAACAAUCGCCUUCAUUUGUCUCGGUCCAGACUGACCGCUCUGUUGGCGGCCCAGGUGAAACAGAGACGCCUCAUCCAGAAUCAGAAGAGCAGAGACGGGCCCAAGAUCCCCUCCCCUAUCGCCCUUCGACGCCCCUCUCGCUGCAAAAAGGUUGGGCCUUGGGGCCCUGGGUGCCUGGCAAACGAGAGCACUCGAGGGAGCCGGGGCCGGAGCGAGGCGCGAAAGCAUGACGAGGACGAGGCGCCCGUCCCAACCGCCGAGCCGAGAUAUCAAUACGUGGAUUGUCCGAGGUACGGAGGGAUACUCCGAGGGCAUGGCGCCCGUUGGCUCCGAAGGCCAAACCGGGGGUUACCGGAAUCCGAAUGCGGCGGGCCAGCAACCGAACAGCAGCUCCGGCCUUGGGCCCUCCCGCCACCCGCCGCUGCCGGUUUCACCGGGUUCCCCGAGGAACCACAACCACAACAACUACGGCCAUGACCACCCGGGGCCGACCUCCUCGUCAUUCCGUACCCAACGAGUCGAAGCCCCGAACGCCGCCGGCACCGGCCGCGACCACUGCACGAGCGAGACGGGGGGGAGACCCGGGCCCGAUGCGGCCGGGGGGGACGAGGCCGCGGCGCUGGCCGAGUACCCGUACUCGAUCUACAACCACGGAACGUGGACGGCCGAGGAUGACAAGACGCUCCUCCAGGCGCGGUCGCGGGGCCAGAACUGGGCCGAGCUGCAGCGGACGCACUUCCCGAACAAGACGGCCAACGCGUGCCGCAAGCGGUAUGAGCGGCUGGUCGAGCGCCGCGGAAUUCACGACUACAGCGGCAGGCGGCUCGAGAUGGUCGCCAAGGAGUACAUGAACAUGCGGAGGGAACUCUGGUCCGGGCUGGCGGACCGCGUCGGCAUGAAGUGGGAGGUCGUCGAGGCUCUGUGCAUGGGCGCGGGACUGCGGACGAUCCAAUCCAACGCCCGAUCGUACACGAACCGUACGAGAAGAGACAGCAGGAUCUCUCAAAAGAUGCGGGAGGCACAGGCAGAGGCUUUGGGCACGGGUUCGCUGGGCUUCGCGCUUCCCGCACUUCCCCUCGGGAGCGAGUUCGGCACCGCGUUCGGCACCCUGUUGGGCGACCGGAACGCGGGCGCGGCGGGAAUCCGCAGCAUGCCCCCGCCGCCGCUCUUCCCGGCAGCAACCGGGCCGCCUCCUGGCAAUCGCCUGCCGCCCAUGAUUCUGGCCCCCAAGUCGCCCCCCGGAGCAUACGCCGAUGGGGGUGCACGGCCGACUCCGGGGCCUCCCGGCGCUGCCGUCUCUGCGUCGGAACCCCGCCCGGCACCGCGUGCUCCGGAUUGGUAGAGAAUUGCCGAUCCUGGUGUCAGGCGCGCAUGGCUUGGCCUUUUUUUUUUUUUUCUUUCGAAACCUCAAAGAGCUAGGGGUCGCGCCCGACGACCAGCGGCGCCGAUCCACGGAUCCGCC